AUGUUUAGUCGUGUAUUACGUCAUCCAAAAAUCCUCAUUUCACUACCAUCGUGUCAACGUACGCAAGUACGACGCCUUAAUCUUCAUGAAUUUCAAUCCUUGGAGAUUAUGAAAGGCUUUGGUGUAGCAACACCUCUAGGUAUUCCAGCCAAUACACCAGCUGAAGCAAAAGCUGCAUUUCACAAGAUUCGUGGUGAGCGUGAGGGUGUGGAUGUUGUUAUCAAGGCACAGGCACUGACAGGUGGACGUGGUCUGGGUACAUUUAAGAAUGGAUUUAAAGGUGGUGUCCACAUGUGUACGAAACCUGAACAGGCUGAGGAGUUGGCCAGGAAAAUGUUGGGCGAGACACUUGUUACGAAACAGACGGGUGAGAAGGGGAUUGAGGUUGCCAAGGUCUUUCUCAUGGAGCGUGUAUGGAUGCGUCGUGAGAUGUACUUCUCAAUCCUUAUGGAUCGUGCAUCCCAGGGCCCUGUGAUGGUUGCUUCACCUGCUGGUGGAACUUCCAUUGAAGACGUUGCUGAGGCCACGCCCGAGCUUAUCUUCAAAGAAGUUGUCGACAUCUCUACUGGCCCCACGGACGAGCAGGUCUCGCGUCUCGCCAAGGCUUUGGGAGGUGACGGUGAGGUUCUUAAGAAGUUGGAGACUCAGAUUAAGAACUUGUACAACAUGUUUAUUGGCGUCGACGCGACGCUUGUGGAGAUUAACCCACUAGCUGAGACCCGAGAGGGCGAGAUCUUUGCUUGCGAUGCCAAACUGAAUUACGACGACAAUGCCGCCUUUCGUCACAAGGAGAUCUUUGCCAUGCGCGACAAGACCCAGGAGGAUUUGCGUGAGGUGGAGGCCAGUGCAUAUGACCUCAACUAUAUUGGCCUGGAUGGUAACAUUGGCUGCCUUGUGAACGGAGCCGGUCUGGCAAUGGCUACUAUGGACAUUAUCUCGCUGUACGGUGGCUCACCCGCCAACUUCCUUGACGUUGGCGGAGGUGCUACGGAGGAGCAGGUAAAGAAGGCUUUUGAGAUCUUGGAUGGCGAUGACCAGGUCAAGUCCAUCUUGGUGAAUAUUUUUGGUGGUAUCAUGCGUUGUGAUGUAAUUGCUGCUGGCAUCGUGGCUGCUGCGAAGGACCUGGGUUUGAAGAAGCCGGUCAUUAUCCGUCUGCAGGGCACUAACGUGGAGCCUGCACGCAAGAUAAUUGCUGAGUCUGGCAUUAAGAUGAUUGUCGCCGACGACCUGGAGGACGCUGCGGAGAAGGCUGUCAAGAUUGCCGAUAUUGUCGCACAGGCGGAGCAGGUCAAGAUUGGUGUGGAAUUUGAGGCAGUCGAACACGAAGUGGUUUGGUUUUUAGGGACAAUCACGUGCCAAUGUCUGUCUAUUUCAGAAUUUGAAAAGACUCUUGACAUCAAUACCUCCCUGGCUCAAGCUGGUCAGGUCCGAAAAUAA